AUGACGGCUUCUUCGAGUUCCGCACACCGUCGAGCUUGCGCAUCGAAACGACACCAGCGUCAAGCGCAACUGGACUCUUUCUCCUCAUAUGAGAGUUUAUACCCUCAAACACUCUCGGACAAGAUCCACGGACUCUCCCUUGCCCAGCUCGUCGUCGAAUGCAGUACCGGCUCGGUCUCUCUCCAUGAUGUGCUAGGGGUAUACGGGAGAAAGACCCUCCAAGCACAACGGCUGACCAACUGCAUAUCCGACCUCAUGUUUGACGAUGCAUUGGACAACCCCGCCUUCGUCGAAACAUUUCAUUGCGGCGAAGACUCGGAUACGACUUCGUCGAAUGCAACGUUGCGGGACUAUCCAUUGUUUGGGGUCCCGAUUAACAGCGUUGACAUUGUUGGCCAUGACAGCACUCUUGGUCUCUCUUCCCGCGUCGACAGACCUGUCCCCGCUUCCUCACCCAUCGUCCGUCUGCUGAAGGAUGCUGGCGCAAUCAUUCACGCCAAAACAACGGUCCCCACUUGUCUCUUCGCCAACGAAACUGCCUCGGACACAUUUGGGCUGACCACGAAUCCUUACAACCCCAGACAUGGUGUCGGCGCUUCGACUGGUGGUGGUGCUGCAUUGCUCGCUUGCGGUGGGAGCAAGAUCGAGAUUGCAACUGAUUUAGCAGGGAGCGCGCGGAUGCCAGCCCACUUUUGUGGAAUAUAUGGGCUGAAGGGAAGCAUUGGCAGGUUUCCAAGUCUGGGAACAGGUACGAGCAUGCCUGGGUUGGAAAGUGUGCAGAGCGUGGCAGCGCCAAUGGCGGCCAAACUAGACGACCUAGAGGAGUUUUGGAGAAGAGUUGUUGGGAUGAAACCUUGGUUAUACGACAUGACGUGUGUUCCGCUACCAUGGCAGCACGUCGAUCUUCUGCUUGACGGUCGCAAGCUCAAAUGGGGUGUCAUUUGGGACAAUGGAAUUUGUCCUCCGACGCCAGCUUGCAGGCGAGCACUUUCGAAUGUGGUGCAUGCCCUCAAAUUGCAAGGCCACGAGGUUGUCGAUUUUUGCCCGCCUAACGUUGAAGAGCUGCUCAUAGUCGGAAAUCAGCUCGUCUUUGCGGAUGGAGGUGAACAAAUCCGUAACGCGGGUUUCCCUGGAGAAACACUCAACCGUCCACUCCAAAACACGUUGUCCCUUCUCGCACUCCCGCGUUUCGUCAAACGCUGCCUCGCCUUCUUUACUUCUGACCCAUUCACCUCGAACCUCUUCUCCGUCACGCAUACGAAAUCGGUCGUGGAAGAACGCGCUCUCGUGGUUCGACGCGAUGCGUUGCGCGAGGAGUGGUACCAGCGAUGGAUGGAAGAGAAUCUGGACUUUGUGUUGAGUGUACCACAUCCAUUGCCAGCACUUGAAAACGGAACCGGAGACAAGACAAGCUUGCUGAGUGCUGCAUAUACCUUCUUGUGGAACAUGCUCGACUACACUGCUGGGGUAUUACCGGUGACAACGGUCGACAAGGAGCUCGAUUCGUUACCGCCGGGUGGGGUUUCUGGCGCCAAUGGGAUGACGAGUGCGGCCAAAGGCAUCUGGAGCAUAUAUGACGCAACCAAGAUGCAUGGACUACCGGUGGGGGUGCAGAUUUCUGGUCGAAGAAUGGAAGAAGAAAAGGUGUUGGAGGGCAUGAAGGUCAUUGAGGCAGCAUUGAAAGCAGCUCGGACACCUUAUGUGGCUCCUAUGAUAUGA